GUGAUAGAAAUAUUGUGAAAGUGUUGUUGUUGCACAAAUGUGCUGAUAAGCCAGAAUUGGUGUGAUAAGGCCUUUUAAGAAUAGACAGUUAACAGCAACAGUUAAACUUCCUGGCCUAUAUGUAUAGGCAGUGAUGAUCUCAUAGUGAAGUGCAUAAGUGAAAAUGUGAUUCUUCUUUUUGGUUAUUUUUUAUUUUAAUUUAAUUUUCUUACUCUUCUUCAGUGAAAACACACACAAAAUCGGCUGCACUCAACGAAAGUGCCAUUAAACGAAAAUUAUUUUUUAACGAACAAAUUAAACGAAUAAAUUUAUUAAAGUGAAGAAACCCCGACACACACACACUCACAAACAAUGCGUUUCAAAAUCCUGCUAGCCUUCGCGCUAGCCUGUGUCUUCUCGACCUUAGUCACCGCAAGUGAAAAUUAUUCUUCGGAACUCGAUAACGAUGCGCAAGCAAUUGAUCCCAAAUUUAAGGUGUCUAAAGAUGCCGAGUUCGUCGAAAUGAUACCGGAAGUCGUGCAAGAACACGCGAAGCCACCACCUCCAACAGUUGCGCCAACAACAACAACCAGGAUCACAACAGAAAAGACAAAACCGCCGGUGGCGAUUGCGCCACUGCCCAAAAAUGGUGUGACACCCAGAAAUCAGACAAAGAGCUUCCUGGAAAGAACUGGAGCUCUGAAGAUGAGCGAAGACUUCUAUCUGGGCGAAUUGGGUUUCGAUAUCAACAAUGACAACGGAUAUGAUUGGUCAAAUCCCAAUAAUCCUACGGCUCCAUCCGUUAUACCAUCCCAAGCGGCAGGCGGUUAUGUGAUCUCCUCGCAGCGCUUACAGGAGAUUCGUUCGAAUCUAAUGUACUGGUAUUUCGACAAGGACAUGAAUGGUGGCCGAGGUGAUUACCAAUACGACAUACAUGCCUCCAUGACACAGUUGCACAAAAAUCUGAACUUCCGCCUGCCUUUCUUUGGCUUCAUCUACAAUUACACACGCCUCUCGCUCAAUGGCUAUUUGGAGUUCUCCGAUCCACCAGAGUAUCUCACAUAUCCGCUAGUCUUCCCCGUAAAGGAUUGGCCGAAGCGUCGUGAUCCCGCUUUUAUUGGUAUAUGGUUUUCAAAAUGCCGUGUGGGGCGCAUAUAUCCGACGGAUGUUGAUCAACGCACACCCGGUGUGUACUUCCGGCUCGAACGUGAUCUGCUUCGACGCACAGACCGUUUCGGCGUUGAGGUGCGUGAGCGCACCAUGUGGGAUAUACGAGAGGGCGUCGUGGGCGCCGAGACCUUCAUACCGAAACACGUGCUCAUCGCAACAUGGAAGAACGUCUCAUUCGCCGGUGGCAUCGACAAUGCGCUUUUCACGACAAACACAUUCCAAAUGGUUUUGGCCACCGAUGAGGUAUACACAUAUGCCAUCUACAAUUACGAUUUGCUGAAGUGGUCCUCGAACACAGAGGCGGGCGGUGAUACAACAACUGGCGAGGGCGGUGUACCGGCUUUUGUGGGCUUCAAUGCCGGUAACGGUACACGCUCCUACGAGUAUACACCCUACAGCCAGCAGAUGGUGAUACGUGACUUGACGAGUCGUGGUUGGGGCAAUGGGUUCCCGGGUCGCCAUCUCUUCCGUAUUGACGAGCAGAUUCUAAUUGGUUCCUGUAAUAAGGAUAUCGAUGCUUCGCACUUGCCGUUGACUUUCGCGCCCGAAGCCGGUAAUAUGUUGGGCGGCACUGUGGUCAACAUCACCGGCCCUUGCUUCGAUCCGAAGAAACGCGUGACAUGCCACUUCGACACGGAGGAUGUGCUGGGCACUUAUGUGAAUAAGAAUCGUGUUAUUUGCAUACAACCAUUCUUGAAGGCCGAAGGUUGGGUGCGCUUCGAAAUCUCAAUUGGCAACCAGCGCUUCAAAUGGCGCGGCAGAUAUUUUGUGGAAACCCCUGCUUUGGCGACUGAGAAGAUUUUCUUCGAAACCGAAAACGUGCAUAAAAAAUCACCCGAUCAGAUACAAAUCAACUGGGAUCCUUAUAACUUAACAUCGAACGGCAAUGCCAAUAUCAUGAUAUCGCUUUGGGGCUAUCGCGAAGUCACCAUCUAUCCACAACUGGAAUAUAUUGAUGUGAUCGAGGCUGGCCUAACCAACACGGGCUCCUAUGUGAUUUACCCGAAAAACUAUGUGAAUCGUAAUAAUUACAACAACGAUCUGCAAUUCGGUUUCCUGCAAAUAAAUUUGACGAAUCCAGAGCAGUAUUCGGGUCUGAAGAUUAGUCCAACACUCUGGUCACGUCCCAUCCCUCUGGGCUGGUAUUUCAAUAAACAAUGGGAGCGUAAGCACGGACUGCGUUGGCCUGAGGCGCUUUGUGAGAAUUGGAUACGAAAUGACCGCUAUUUGAGAACGUUCACUGGUGACUUGCCGCUUUGCCCCUGUACGCUGGAACAGGCCGUGUAUGACAAAGGGCGCUACCGACCAGACAAGGAGUGUGACAAGGACUCGAAUCCGACAUGCUUGCGCCACAAGAACGCUAUACAUUGCGUCGUCAGCGGUAAUCCAGUUGCCGAAGGUGCCGAACAGCAGUGUUGCUAUGACCGCUACGGUUUCCUCAUGUUAACACAAGAUCAGGUGUGGGGCUCACGUCCGCGACGUAAUCAUAAUCUCGGUAAAAUGCCGUGGAAUGAGGCUGGAAAGGUACCGACACUAUCGAAUUGGUUCCAUGACAUGCGUCCCUGGUACUCGUGCUGUCAUUGGCAGAAGGAGCAGUCAGUGAAUUGCGAAACUUUCCGCUUUGAACGUCGGCCCACACAAGAUUGCGUUGGCUAUCAGGCGCCUGGUGUAUCUGGAGUUUUCGGCGAUCCACACUUUAUUACGUACGACGGCACGCAAUACACAUUUAAUGGCUUGGGUGAGUUUGUCUUGUCGCGCAGUGUGGCCGCGGAUCGUCGCUUCGAGGUGCAGGGACGCUUCGAACAGGUGCCCAAAAACCAAUAUGGCGCAGUGAUGGCUACUCAGCUGACCGCUUUGGCAAUGCGUGGCAAUACGACAACAACCAUUGAGGUGCUUUUGCGACCGAAAUUCGCACGCUGGCGCUAUGCCUUGGAUGUGUUGGCCGAUGGGCGGCGUAUCUACUUCGAUCGGGAGAGCAUGCGGUUCCAACAUUUUGAUGGCGUCACCGUUUAUACACCCACUUAUCUACUAAAUCAGUCGCAAGUUAUAGUGAUGUUCGAUUCGGGCGUAGGCGUGGAAGUUGUUGAGAAUGAGGGCUAUAUGACGGGGCGUGUAUAUUUGCCGUGGGAUUUCAUUAAUAAAACCGCUGGCUUAUUCGGUAACUGGUCGUUUAACCCGUUGGAUGACUUUGCGUUACCCGACGGCACAGUUGCCAAUUUGAAUCUGAACAAUUUCCAGCAAAUUUACACUAAUUUCGGUCUGAAGUGGAUGUUGGCUGAUCGCAAUAUUCCGGGUGUGGGCACGGCUCUAUUCUCGCGUGAGAACGGUCGAACUGCUAGCUAUUAUUCGAAUGCCUCAUUUGUUCCGAACUUUAUGAAAGAGCCGCAGGACUUCUUGCCUUCGAACCGGUCGUAUGACGUGGAGCGCGCAGAGGAGUUAUGUGGCGAAAGUUAUCAGUGUCGAUAUGAUUACGGCAUGACCUUGAAUUCGGACAUGGCGCAUUUCACCAAAAAUUACUACGACAGUUUGGUGAACAUAAGGAAUUUAAAUUCAAAACGCGUGGUUUCAUGUGGCGUUCUGGAGACUCCUCGCUUUGGUCGCAAAUUGAGCUUUGACUUCAUGCCAGGUGCCAGGAUUUCAUUCGAGUGCAAUGAGGGCUUUGUGCUGAUGGGUGACCAACGUCGCGAGUGCAUGGCGAACGGUCUCUGGAAUGUACCGGAGUAUGGUUACACAUAUUGCUUGCGUGAGGUAUUCUAUACACGUCGUGUCGCUUUUAUUGCCAUCGCUAUUAUUGUGGGCGUCAUAUGUCCACUGAUGAUUUGCAUUGUUUGUGGUAUUUACCGGUUCCGUCAGAAACAACUCAAGGAGGAUCCCGCUUGGCAGAUGACCAUACCACGCUCGCGCGCCUCCUCGCGUUCCAACUUGCGCCAGCUGAGUGGUCCGGACGACGAUAGCGAUACGGAUGCGACAGGCACACUCAAGAAAAGUAGGUCAUAUGAUAAAGUUUAUCGUACGAAUGAACCACUACCGGGCAAACCCCGUAUUGACUUUCCAGCUAAGAAAUGGGAUCUGGAUGACGAGGAUGUGACCUCAUCCGAAGGUAGUGAAAAUAAAGAUACAAAAGUAGCUAGCGAUAUUGAAUACGUUAAUAAAACAGGUGACAAGCCGCGUCAGAUGGGCAGACGGUCGCUGCGCGCCAAUUCGGGUACCGAUCACGAUCUACACGAAGAGGAAGAGGACGGUACAGCCGUAGAUGAGCCAGGCCAAACGCGCGUGCAGGGACAGGCACACGAUGCGACCGAUACAGCAAACCCAGCCGCCUACAAUCAGCCACCAUCACCCGAGACGGAUGAAGAGCCACAACACAGCUCCGUUUUACAUCAACAGUACAGCCCGACCUUUAGCGGCGCCGACAGCCGCAACAGUUCAAUGAAUUAUCAACCGAAUGCAGCGGUACAGAACCGCUUUGGUGGUGUACCCGUUUUGCCCAACAACACGCAAUUCUUCAAUCGUCCGCCAUCGAAUAUACCGGCGGGUGCGACCUCAAUACCGUUACGCCAAGCACCGACUGUAACUCCGAUAACGAAUACGGCCAUGCCACUGACGCAAGACAAUGGCUUACCGUCGCCUCCAUAUGCCGCCUCACCGACGCCAUCUGUGCAGCGCUCGACCGAGGUUUGAAAGCUUCAAAACAGAAUUGAAAAUUGAGAAAAUUUGAGUAGUUCAUUCAUCCGCACAAUAGUACUUAUGUAAUAACGCAAAAUGAUCGCCCACUAACCGACCAUCCUAUCCUAUCGUCGUUCGCCUAUAAAUAACUACAUAAGAACAAAUAGCUGUAGUUAUUGCCAAUACAUACCUAAUUUUAAUUUGGAUACAUUCUAUCUAACUCUAACUAACUACCGCCAAAUCAAAUCGCACUCAUUCACCCAUCGUAUCCGCCUCAUUACAACACUAUGCUCGUACAUGCUGGCUAAGAACCCAGUGCUUGUAGUGUUCACUCUCGCCGUCAACCCAACACUAAGUUAAUACUGUUUUAUAUUAAAAAUAUAUUAUUUGCACUUUGACAUUUGUUUUUAAGUUUAACAAUAAAAAUACAAAAAAUAUCCUACCUUUAAUGUGUAUAAACCACUCAAGUAUCCAGAAUAAAAAAAGUAUCAAAGUCUACACAUAAAUAAUCAUAACAUCCAUAUGUACAAACUCAUAGCCAAAUACCGUUAUUAAUGGUCCUGACAAUCUUUCCAUCACAAUUUUUUUACUGUUCCAAGUGUUCAGAGUAGUUUGUAGAUUGUCCAUUUCUUCUUAACAAAUAUUUUAUACCUUCUGAGCAAAUAAACAGUGUCAUUAAAGAAUAAGUUAUUAAUA